AAGUGCAAGGCGCUAACUGCAGUAGUCAGAAAGGGAUCAGACAAGCCUUGGAGAAGGCGAAGUCUGGAGCUCUGAGCCCAGGUCAGACGUAGGGCAAGGUUAACCGGCCUGAGGGAAGGCUGCAGUUGAACAGGAAAACAGGUGGCAAGAGUCCUGGCCCCUCGACAGCACAAGAGACACCUUGAAGCAAUCGAGUGCUUUAGUGUUGGGGACAGAAUCCAAGGCCCAAGUUGUAAAUGCCAGGCAAACAGUCAGAAGACAAGCCAAUGGAAGUGCCAGCUGUGGAGGAUGGAGGUGAUGAAGGCCUGGGAGGCCUAACGGUAGAGGAGCUGCAGCAGGGUCAGGAGGCUGCUCUGGCCUUGGAGGACAUGAUGGCUCUGAGUGCCCAGACCCUGGUCCAAACUGAGGUGGAAGAGCUGUACGAGGAAGUGCGUCCCCUGGGCCAGGGCCGGUUCGGCCGUGUCCUGCUGGUUACUCACCGCCAGAAAGGAACACCCCUGGCGCUGAAGCAGCUCCCGAAGCAAUCCACUUCCCUCCGUGGCUUCCUGUAUGAGUUCUGCGUGGGCCUCUCACUUGGCACACAUUCUGCCAUUGUGGCAGCCUAUGGCAUUGGCAUUGAGUCAGCCAAUUCCUACAGCUUCCUGACAGAACCUGUCCUCCAUGGGGACCUCAUCACCUUCAUCCAGCCCAAGGUGGGUCUCCCACAGCCAGCAGCCCAGCGCUGUGCAGCCCAACUGGCCUCUGCCCUGGAACACAUUCACUCGCAUGGCCUGGUGUACCGGGACUUGAAGCCAGAGAAUGUGCUGGUGUGUGACCCAGCCUGCCAGCACAUCAAGCUGACAGACUUCGGCCACACCCGGCCCCGAGGGACCCUGCUCCGACUCACUGGGCCACCUAUCCCCUACACUGCCCCUGAGCUCUGUGCCCCACCACCCCUCCCUGAGGGACUACCCAUCCAACCUUCCCUGGAUGCCUGGGCUCUAGGGGUCCUGAUCUUCUGCCUCCUUACUGGCUACUUCCCCUGGGACCAGCCCCUGGUGGAGGUUGACCCUUUCUUUGAGGACUUUCUCAUCUGGCAGGCUUCUGGUCAGCCCCAAGACCGGCCACAGCCCUGGUAUAGCCUGUCACCUGCAGCAGACACUCUCCUAUGGGGGCUGCUAGAUCCUCACCCCCGGAAGAGGAACCCUGUGAGUUCCAUCAAGAGCUAUCUAGGCCAACCCUGGAAGCAGAGGGAAGGGGAGGCUGAGGAAUUGGCAAAGGAGCUGAGAGAAGAUGGGUGGAGAGGAGGACAGGAGGCUGCAAAGGGGGAGCAGCCUGCAUGCUGAGACCUGCUUAGCCUGAGCUGCCUGGCUGUGGCCUCUUCUUGGUUUUGGCUCUAUCUAUCUCUCAUCCGUCCUGUGUGUUAUCUGUGCCCCUCCUUUAUGCUGUGUGUAUUCACGAAUG